GCAGUGGAGGCGGGGCUUGGGUGGGGAGGGGCUUGAGGCUCCCUCCCGCGAUCCCGGGCCUCCCUCCCGGAUUUGACCCCGGAAGCAGGGUGUUGGGCUCCGGUGCGGUAGCGACGGGGGACUGCGGCGCUAGCCUCAGAUAGCAGCAAUGUUUCACUUCUUCAGAAAGUCUCCGGAAUCUAAAAAGCCCACAGUACCAGAGACAGAAGCCGAUGGAUUUGUCCUUUUAGGAGAUACGGCACAUGAGCAAAGAAUGGCAGCAAGAGGUAAAACUUCAGAAGAAGAAGGCAACCAACCUUUGGAGACUGGCAAAGAAAACUCAUCCAGUGUGACUGUAGCAGGCCCCGAGGUGGAAAAUAAGGCAGGCCAGACUUUGGAAAACAACUCAUUAAUGGCUGAACUCCUCAACGACGUACCCUUCACCUUGGCCCCACACGUGCUGGCUGUGCAGGGCAGCAUCAGUGACCUUCCAGACCACUUACUCUCCUAUGAUGUCAGCGAAAAUUUAUCACGGUUUUGGUAUGAUUUCACUCUUGAAAAUUCAGUGCUCUGUGAUUUGUAAUCUUUAUGUCUAUUUGCACCUUAACAGCUUUCAACAAAGCUUUGCCUAUUUUAUUUAACCCGUUUGAUGUUCUUUGCCAUUUCACUGCUUAACCGUCCCCAGAAACGCAAGGAUCAUAAAGCAAAGCAAAUGUCAUUGUGUUCAUUACUCUGUUUUUUAGAAUAAAGGAUAUUUGUAUAAGAGUGGGACUAAAGUUCUACCUCCUUUCCCCCCAGAUAAUAAAUUUAAAACUUAGGCUAUCAAGGUUCUAUGAAAGGAUCAGACUUCAACCAGUCUCUCAAAAUAGAACACCUCAGGUUUGUCUUAGAAGAGCUGGCACUUUUCUUAGUUACCACGACUCUGAAGUCUGUGCUUCGAAUGGAGCGUGACUUGUCUGCUUUGGAGGAAGUUUGAGUUAACGGUACUCCCUUUAUUCUUCCAGUGUUUAUGAAUGAAUUCAGAAAAAAAAAAAAAAAUGUUGCCAGUUAGCUUAAUCUCUUCAGUCCGGAUUUAGACACUGGGGUGGAAAUGUAAAACUUUUCCUACAAAGCAGUGGUAGUUUGCUGACACACAGAUGUGGUACCUGCUCUGGAUGCUGUCUCUUUUGAGUGAUACAUAUCAGUUUCCUCCAACCCACGGCACUCCUUACCACCUUGAAUGGUUCCUGGGUUCCUGCCUUUGUUUUCUGCCUCGUUGCAACUUCAGAGUGUGUGCUCUCACCAGCUUUCCAGAGAGCUUCCCCUGUUUCUGCUUCAGCUGGCAUUUGCUCUCCUUACCACAUAUGUUCCCAGUUUAUGAAGAGAUCCACGUUUCCUUUCAACCUCUCUGCCCCCUAGAGAAAAACAUCUCAUGACGAUGCAUAUUAUUGCUGAUAACACCCUUAUUUAGAAAUUUUUUGGCCACAAUACAGAUGGGAAUGUUUUACUGCUAGAAAAACUAAAAUCGACUCAUUUCCAAUUAGAGUGUAGGCAAAACACCUAACUAGGACUUUCAGUUCUUGGCUAUCCCUUAUUUAUUCCAACUAAAACAGUACAGAACUGCCAUUGGUCAAUAAACUGUAAAGGGGAGAGGUAAACUGUGACAGAGUAUUUUCCAUGCCAUGGAAAAUUUAAAUCACAUUUGUUUUGAUUAGAAGCAAUACAAUUUAUUGAUUCUGUGCCAAAUUUUAAGUAUAUUUUUCACAAAGAUAGAGUGCCAUAGCAAAACUAAACACUGUGCAAAAAGGUACAUGAAUCAUUCAAGUUUUAAUGUGUUAUGCAUGUUUGUUUAAUAAAUGUAGCAUGGUCUUGAUAAAAAUUGCGUAUUAUUUAAAAGUUAAAAGAACAUUUCUAUUGACAAAAAUAGGCUUCAUUUACAAAAAACAUUACCCCAUGAGAGGUGAUUGAUUACAUUCAAUCUUUACAUAGUUUUCAUAAAACAUCAGUCUAGGAAAUGUGACAUGUUACUAACACAAAUGUGAACAUUUUAUAGCAGUUUCUGUGAAAACAGCCUUUUCAAUAUCCAUGUUAAUGUACCUUGAGGCUAAAUGUUAAGUAUGUCAUCAAUUGGUCUAAUAUGUGUUAAAUUUUAUCUAAAAUACUCAUACAUUUCAUUUAUAUUUAUGUCUACCAUGUUAUAAAUAUGCUUGUAAGUAUUUUCAUUUGUCUAAAAUAAUUGUUAUAUUUAAAUAAAUGUGAAUUAAAAUAAACUGAUUUUGAUUAUUCUCAGAUCCAGAGAAAAAUGGUUUUCUUUAUAUUAUUCAUAGCUGAAUGCAAGUUAUUAAAUCUUUUGUGAGGCAAAGAUUUAAGUUUAUAGUUUGUGCAGUGCAGCCAAAGUAUGAAAUUUCCACUUACCUAUAAAUUUUAAGAAGUAACACUGAAAAUGGUAAGAUCGCUAGGACUAGAGAGAUUUGGAAGAAAUCACAUGAAUACCUUGCUCUAGACAGAUCCUCAUCAUCCCAAAAUUGAGUAAGGGCUAGUGUUCAUGACCUCUUUUGUUUUUUAACAAAAACAUUUUAGUUUUCUUAAGCCUGUCUAUAAGUCAAUGUUACUAUUUUAAAGCUGGAAGAAACAUUAGAGAUCAGCCAGCUGACUUCAUUUACCCAAGAGAAACUUGAAGCCUAGAGGGGUUAAAUGACCUAACUCACCUGGUUAGUGAUAGACAUUUAUUUUAAUAGUGUUCGUAAUUAUCAAUUAUAACAAAGCCGUAUGCUCUGGUGGAAAGAGUUCGGGCAUCUGAGGCAACCAGAUGGAGUUUGUAAUGGCUCCCUUACUUACCAAGCUGUGGGACCAUGGUCACUUACCUAACUUCUGGUGCUCUUCGUUCUCUUGCUUGUUAAAUAGUAAUUGUAUGCACCUUGCAGGAUUGUGUAGUUUUAGACGGUGUUUGUCAGAUACUUGGCAGCAUAAAGCUUGAGACACCAUAGGUGUUCUGAGAAAGAGUGCUGCUAUAAUUCUCAUUACUAACCACACAUGCACACUAGUCUAACAAAAUGCAAAAUACGAAUGACCCGAACUGCUUAAAAAGUAAUAUAAAAAAUAGCUACCUACAUUUACUGUAGGUCCCUCUUGCCCUAUUAUUUUUUUCCAUAUUAAAUACCUAACUAUAAAACAAUUCUAAAAUAUGUUGGUUGACUCACUGCAGUUCCUUAGUUAAGAAUUCCUUAAGGAACAUUUUUUCUUCCUCUUAUUAUUAAGCAUCAUGGUCAUUGUCAUUAAUAUAAGUCAUCAGUGGAAAGCACAGUAGAUAGAGAAUAUACGAGUGAUUUGACUGAAUCUUAUUUUUAGCCCUAAAAUAUAUUCAGGAAGUUGCAUGUAUUUUUUCCCCAGCUUUCUUUAAAGUCAUUUGCAUCUUUUUCUAAAAGCAAAAUUAGAUAAUUCUGACCAACUUAAUAUGGUUAAAUUUUUAUCAACUGAACUUUAAAAUUAUUUUCUAAUGUUUGUUUAUUUUUGAGAGAGAGCGCGCACGUGUAAGCGGCGGAGGGGCAGAGAGAGAGGGAAACAGAAUGGAAGCAGGUUCCAGGCUCCGAGCUGUCAGCACAGAAUCCGAUGUGGGGCUGGAACUCAAGAACCCUGAGAUCAUGAUCUGAGCUGAAGAUGGGCACUUAACUGACUGAGCCACCCAGGCGACCUUCACCUGAACUUUUAAUAUCGUACCAUUGGUGCACCUGGAUGGCUCAGUUGGUUAAGCGUCUGACUUUGGCUUAGGUCAAGAUCUUGCAGUUUGUGCGAUCUCACAGUUUGUGAGUUUGAGCCCCAAGUCGGGCUCUGUGCUGACAGCUUGGAGCCUGGAUCCUGCCUCUGAUUCUGGAUUCUUUGUCUCCGUCUCUCUUUGCCCCUCCCCCACUCAUGCUCUGACUCUCUCUCUCUCUCUCUC